AUGUUGUGGGGGCCUGCAGUGCGCGGCGCUGGGCGCCUUGUGACGCUGCUGCUUCUGCUGCUGGCAGUGGGCGCCGCUGGUCACCGCGGCUUCUCAGGCGAAAUUCCAGCAGAGCCGUACGACACGGCGUACCACGCAUACUUUCGCAACUACCCGUCGGUGCGGCCAUGCAUUUUGGGGGCGGCGGUGACGGCCGAGACAAGUGGCAGCGUGGACAACAGGCGCAAUGAUAGCGACGCGUACUGGGGCUGUAAAAUUGGAAGCAACGCCGUCACGCCGCACACGCUGCUGCUGCUUACUGCAGCGGAGGUGGCGCAGAUGCUGCUGAUAAGUGACUGCGGCGCCAAC